UCUGCUCUGUCGCUCCUGACAGAGAGAGAGAGAGAGAGAGAGAGAGUGAGCAAGAGAGCGGAGAGGUGGUGACUUCAUCCCCUCUCUUAACCAACCCUCCUCUUUCCGCCUCCUUUUUUGAGCUUUCUUUUUUCUCUCUUUUUUUUUUUUUUGCAAAGCACAGUCAGGCAGCAUGCCAGCAGUUUUCAUCUUGCUGCGGUCCCUGGUUAUCAGGCUCCUCAGUAGCAGACUGGCAGGCUCAGUGGCACAGUUCCUCAGGAGAAGCCUCUCUACAGGCGCUACCCACCUUGGCACGGCACUGCGCCACGUCUGGGACCGCAUUCGAUCCCAGGAGUCCAAGGAAGCCAUCCUGGGCUGUGUGCUGUGCAUUCUCAACAUGCACAAGAAGGUGGAGAACUGAGCU